UGGUAAACAGACUAUUCAAGAACGAUGGCUGCCGUACGAUUAGCAUUUACCAACGUGGUCUCUCGCUUUCCAACUACAGUUUGUAGUCGAUAUAUUGGUGAAAAUGUUAGAAGAUACAAUGAAAUAGCCGUAUUAGGAACAUGGUGUAGGUUGAAAAGUACCAAAAGUGGAAUAAAAAGCCCAUCAGACACCAUCAUGGUUGAAUCCAAGGACAAGGAUAUGAUCAUCUGCUAUCAUCCCACCGAAAGCUUUCCGUAUGAACACACAAAACCAAUACCAAGACCAGAUCCAUCAAGGCCUGAGGAAUCUGCUGAGGGUAUGCUAAGAGUGAAAUUCAAAUCAAAGAGCUGGGAUAAAGAGCGUCAUGGUCCAUCUAUUGAGGAGCUGAGUGAUAUGUUCUAUACUACCAAACACAGAUGGUUUCCAUUAGGGAUAAGGAGGAGGAAUCUUGCAAAACCCAAAUCACCUCGGGAUCGACCUGUCUUUUGAUAGCACUGAAAGCUUUUCGUCCUUUUGGGAUCUUGAACUUUUCUACAGGAACAAAUACAUAUAUGGGAGAGGGAAUCUAAUCAGUGCAUGCAUUUCAAUUAUUGUAGAAUUGAUUUAAAACUUGCAAGUUAUAAAUAGCUUGGCUCAUUGCUAAAUGUGAAUGGUUGUAAAUUAUUUGUAAAAUCAUACCAUGAUGAAAUGAGGAUAAAAUCUUACUCUUUAUGCUUAAAAUCUUGUGUAUGACUACUGACAUUCUUGAUAAGUUUGAAUACCGGUAGUUAGAAGAUGAAUAUGCAAUAAGAUACUCAUUGAUCAUUUGAACAGCUUUUUAACUCAUUGUCUAUGAGAACUGGGUGAUCCCUGUAUUAAGCCUAUGGAGAAGAUAGAAUGCAGUAGUCUAUAUAGGUUAAAAGGC